CUAUUACGAACAAGAUAAAAAUCACAACUAUUACGAACAAGAUAAAAAUCACAGCUAUAAUGAACAAGAUAAAAAUCACAACUACAAUGAACAAGAUAAAAAUCACAACUAUAAUGAACAAGAAAAAUAUCACAACUAUAAUGAACCAGAUAAAAAUCACAACUAUAAUGAACCAGAUAAAAAUCACAACUAUAAUGAACAAGAUAAAAAUCACAUCUACAAUGAACAAGAUAAAAAUCACAACUACAAUGAAAAAGAUAAAAAAAUCACUACUACAAUCAACAGAGUAAAAUCACAACUACGGUAUAAAGUUUCACCUGAUCUGUCUGUCAGGCGAGCAGUAAGAAAGAGCGGAGAAAAUGGCAUGCCAAGAAGACUACGAACAGCCUAUACGAACACACAGCUCCUGGAGCUGGAGAAGGAGUUUCACUUCAAUAAGUAUCUGUGUAGACCUCGUCGAAUCGAAAUUGCUGCUUCUCUGGAUUUGAGUGAAAGACAGGUGAAAGUGUGGUUUCAGAACCGCCGCAUGAAACACAAAAGACAGACUACUAUGAGUAAAAAUGAUGAAAAGUGUAGCUCUGGUGGAGCAGGUGACAGUGGUAAUGAAAGCGUUGACAGAACUGAGAAUAAGGAAAAUUCAAUGGAUAAAGACGACUCUUCUAUAUCAUCAAUUUCAAAACCUCACGGACAUGACGACCAAACUGAAUGUAGUAACAUUAUGUCAGAAAAGGCAGACUCCUGUUGUGGAAGAACCACAGCGUCCCCAGCAAAAUCCGAGUCUAGUGUAAACGGAAUUUCGACGGACACCGAAACUCCUGGUUCUCAACCUCCUCUAACAGAUAUGGCCACUGAUGUCGGUGAAUCUUUACACAUUCUUCAGGGGGACCACAUCCAAGCCAAUGGUGUUAAGACCCCAGAUGGUCCUCCUGUCGUCCAGUCAAUUACAACUAUCAAUGAAUGUGUCCAUCCCAGCAGCUCAGAAGCUAGUUCCAAUCCUUCUACCAUAGUUAUGGAGAAUUCAAAUGAGUACCAAACAGAUCACCAUUCCCCUGUGCUAAGAAGCGUUGGUGUUUGUAUCAUGAGUCCCUUAAAUCACAGAUCAGGAACUUGUAUAUCAGAGCCUAACUGUGGUCAAUGUCAUCCACCAUGUUCUGUCUACCAACCUGACCCAACGCAGGAGUCCACCCUCAGAAAUAGCUCAAGUUCUGGUUAUUCUUGCCCACAAGUGCGACCUGUGGGAUCCCCCACUUUCCAGCGACCUAGGAUGUACAAUGGUUCCUACCCAACAACUGAUAUGACCAGUUACGUUUCCACUGGACAGCGUGAGCCCACUCCCCCUCUUGUAUCUCCUUACUGCUACAGAACACCCCCACCAGCACACUUACAACAUCAACAGAGGGUCCACUCGGAAAUGUCUUAUAACAUAGCAGGAAACCCUAAUAAUUACCACUCUGGCUCCUCUGCUUCCACCGUAUUUUAUCCUCCCUCAGGUCAUGGUCCCAUGCCUUCCUCCUCGACAUCAGGCUGCAUCCAGCCUUCUGUACAUACCUAUCCAUUGCCAGGAGGCUCACAGAGUACUCCAGGUCCACCUGGUAUUUUGAUGAAUUCCAACGUUCAAGGACAACACAGGACCACCUUCCACCCUCCUCUACGUCACUACGCAUACGAGGGUGUCGUAGAACAUGGUCCUGUCAAUCAAGCCAUAUCUCCUCACCAGCACCCUCCGCUUCCUCCACAUCCCUACAUGCAUGAAUACAGAGGGCAUAAUACGGACUACAGACACUAUGGUAACUACAGCCACGACACCAGCACUCUUAACGGCAGUGACUCCUAUCUUUCAAAUGGAAUGAGCAGCAAUGUUAACAGUCUACCUUAUUGCUACGACCCCUAUCGAGCAGAUGGCUGCAUGGCUGAAGACGAAAAAAACUACACAUCAGCCAACGGUCAAAGUGUGUACUGUGAUCUUUCAAAUAGCAGUGGCAAUCGCGUACCAGCCUACAGUGCCACAGCUCAACAAACUUUUCCUUCAACUCCUGCGUUUUACGAACCCACCGGCUCCGUGGGAGACACUGCGAACAUUCCUAGCUACAAUCCAUCUCCAGACCAGUAUAACGGUCAAUGUUCCACAGACAGUGAACUGAGUUUCAACUACUCCGGUUUUUAUGACUCUGGAAACUAUGGAGAGAGUUCCUGUGGAACAACACAGUUCAAUUUUCUCAGUAACAUUACCAACGAGUUUUCUACUCCAGAGUAUUACCAACUAACCUGA